CCAGCAAUUGCAUCUGAAUAGCAUGCGACGGUCGACGACGUCGUCGUGCUUCUCUCCGUCUCUCCCUCUUUAAUAGCCUGGUCCCUAAUCCCCACCGCUCCGCUUGCUCUGCCGCUCUCGCUGCCUCCUGUUGCUGCUCCCCACUCUCCUGCCUACUUUCUGCUCCGUUCUGUUCGCCGCACAGCUCGCGCCCCUCCAAAUUCUCGCCGCACACACCUUGUUUGAAUUACUCAAAAUCCCGCCUUCCAGACGAUGACUGUGUCCAACGACCCUGGCAGCAAUCACGAGGCCGUUGCUGCCAUGUCCAAUUCGUCUUCGUCUUCCCCGGCCGCUGGCGGCAGUGCGCCCGUAGGCGAUGAAACUGCCUCGACCAUUACCGUGAACACCAAGACGCCAGCCGCUUUUCCGCCGCCCAAGACGGACAAGCCUCGACCGCACACCUGCGGUACCUGCCAGCGCGCCUUCGCCCGGCUGGAACAUCUGAAGCGUCAUGAGCGGUCGCACACCAAGGAGAAGCCGUUUGAAUGUCCCGAGUGCACACGGUGCUUUGCCCGUCGCGAUCUUCUGCUGCGCCACCAGCAAAAGCUGCACCAGACAACCACCCCGUCGUCCCGUCCACGAAACCGCCGGGAGAGUGCCAGUGGGCCAACGCCAGGGGCCAGUCGGGUCCGCAAGAACAGCAUCGCUGGCGCCAAUGCCGCCGCCAAUGCUGGGGCUGCCUCCAUGAGGCCCAGGGCGAACACCAUCAGCCACGUCGAUGGUGCCCAUAUGCAGAUGAUGGCUGCGGCCAAUGCCACCGUCUCGAGCCGCAUUCCACCCACCCACAGCCGUCAUCCGAGCCUGGUGGGGUUACCUACCCACGGCAUCGAUGCCUUUGGCAUGGCCUCGGCUCUAGCCCACCGCGGAAACCCUCUGGGUCUCCCAAAGCUCGAAACCCAUGGUAUUAAUGGCAUGGACUUUUCGAGCGGACUUAGAACCGCCCCGCCUAUGGCGUUCGGCUCCGAAUUUGACUUUGAAGGGCUCUUCUUUGGUGCUGCUUCGGGCUCUACCAUCAAUCCGAACGCCCUGCACUAUAGCGACUCGCCACCGUCCAUGGUCAUGGAUCCGCUCUCUCCAUUCCCGCAUGGUCUCCCCGAUUUGUCAGCCGGUCAGCAGAUAGACGACGGCUUCGACUGGUUAACAGGCUUUGAGCACCACAUGUCAUUCAAUAACGGGACUACCGAGGCUGCCGUGGACGGAUCUUCGCCCUCCGCCAUAAGCACCACGAGCCAGAGCGGGAUCAGCGAUGUCAUGGUGGACGGGUCCAACCACCACACGGCUUCGGCCGGGUCGGGAUCCAUGUGGCAGUCGUCCAUGAUGCCACCUCCCCAGAUGACCAACCCGUUUUCGCUCGACAUGGGCAAUUCCGUUUUUCCAGACCUCCUCAACGGGGCGCCUCUAUCUCCGCAGCCAUCGUCAGCCAAGACAAUGGGCGACACGUACUUUUCGACCCCCCCGCCGGCUCUCAGCUCCUUGAGCUCGUCGGUCAUGCCCGGCUUGAACGGCCAGACCCUGAAUCAAGCGGUCAACUUUGGUGCCGGUCCCGAGACGCCGUCCUCGAUGAAUGGUAGUAAUCAUGGCACCUUACCCGUCUCGACAAUCACUGAUUCAACAAGAAAUGCCAUCCUAGGUGCCCUGUCGGCCUCCCAGGCGUCCCAAUUUGGUGCGCGGAGAUACUCGUUCGCCGCCACGCCCACCUCGCCGUUGACAACACAGCCGUCUCCGACUGCUAGCGCAUCCGACCCAAGCAACAGCCUCCCGAGCACCCGAGACCUCCAGCGAUAUGUCGGGGCCUACUUGCGAUUUUUCCACCCCCACCUGCCGUUUGUCCACAUACCGACGCUAUCAUUCGAAAUUCCUGCGCAAUUGGCUAACGGGCGAGACAGCGGCAUUGGAGGUACCGGGUGCUUGCUUCUUUCGAUGGCGGCCAUUGGUGCCCUGUUUGAGUUGGAGCAUCAAGCGUCAAUGGAACUAUUUGGAAUGGCCAAGAAGAUGAUUCAAUUGUACCUCGACGAGAGGAGGAAAGCGAACGUAAGAAAGGCAGAAUCUAUCCGACGCGCUCCCGUGUCGGACCCCAGUUCACAGCAGCAGGACUCCCCGGUCGAGACUCCCGUGUGGUUAGUUCAGGCGAUGCUCCUGAAUGUCGUGUAUGGCCAUAACUGCGGGGAUAAGCGAUCCGGAGAGAUUGCAUCAACGCAUGCAGCGGCAUUAGUAAGUUUAGCGCACGGGGCCGAGUUGCUGCGGCCGGCGCGCGUUGAGCCGACCAAGGACGUUGAGAUGGCGGAUGCCGACGGCGCUGGUGGCUGGAACGGUUCAGGCAGGAAGGAGGGCGACGAGCUGGCCGAGUGGCUGCGCUGGAAGACCGUGGAGGAGCGGAAGCGGACGCUCUAUGCUAUCUUUAUCCUGUCUAGCACCCUUGUGUCGGCGUAUAAUCACACGCCGGCGCUCACCAACUCAGAGAUCCUUCUCGAUCUUCCUUGCGACGAAGAGUUCUUCGCCGCCGAGAACGUCACGGCCUUCCGGGCGAAGGGCGGAGUAUUAGCAGCUAAUCACAACCGGAUGACUUUCCAUGAAGCGUUGGGAGAGCUCCUCCGCACCAACGAGAAGCAGCAGAAACGUGCCUUUACCAGCUCUGACGGAGGUUUCGGUUCGGCGGCUAAUAUCGACGACCUGCCCCCGAGCGAUUUGAAACCAAGCAGCUUCGGCUGUUUGAUCUUGAUCAAUGCGAUACACAACUACAUCUGGGAGACCCGCCAACGACACCACAACAAGGUUUGGACCAACGAGGAGACCGAGAAGAUGCACCGCCAUAUCGAACCCGCGCUCCGGGCAUGGCAUGCCGCCUGGGCCAGCAACCCGCAUCAUAGCCCAGAGCGCCCGAAUCCCUACGGUCUUGGCCCGCUCUCGGCCGACUGCAUCCCACUGCUCGAUCUCGCCUAUGUUCGCCUGUUCGUCAACCUCUCUAGGGCCAAGGAGCAAUUCUGGCAGCGGGACUGGGAUGGUAUGGCCGAGGAACUUGCACGUGGAUCUGAGAUUAUCCAGCACGCCGAGCACUCGCCAGCGUCCAACAACGCUGAUUCAGCUGUGGCCGAGCCGUCGGAAACACCAGGGGCAAGCUCGUUCCUUACUGACUCUUCGCUAAACAUGUCUUCCUCCCCCAGUUUUGCGACCUCCAAGUUUUCUCCACCUAGUGCCAUCAAUCCUGCCCUAACCCAACAUCCCACGCAAUACCAAGCGCAGACAUCCAGCAGCCGGUCCACGUCCCGCAAGGAGAAACACCUGCGGAAAGCCGCCUUUUUUGCAGCCGAGUCGCUUUCGGUUUCGGAUCGGCUUGGUGUCACUUUUGCCAACCUGACAAGCCGUGAGCUUCCCCUACAGGCGACACUCUGCGUUUUUGACUGCGCCCAGGUGCUGGCGGAGUGGGUUGCAACUCUGCAGGACCGCGUAGGCCGCUAUCUUGGGAUCCUCGGUCGCGAUAACGUUGAUCUUGGGCAGGUUCCUGCAAUUAUGCUGUUGGAAGAAGAGGACGUGAAACUUUUAGGAAAAAUCGACGAAAUCAUUCGUGGCGCAGAAGUCAAGAUGAAUAUGGAAAUGGCCCAGUCUGGCAGCGCGAGUAGCAUCGACGGCAGACAGAAGAUGGACGACAACCCGGGUUAUGCUGCGAAACUCCUGCGAGUCACGGCUUACAUGUUUGACAAAGCCGCUGUAUGGCCUGUGACUCGGUUGAUCACAUCCUGCCUGGAGACCCAUGCCAACCAUAUGCGCGCCCGUGCGGAAAAGUCAAUCAUGGCCCUCGACUAAAUCGCGGAUCAGCUGAGCGAAGCACCGGUAGAUGAAGCCCAUGGCUGAACUUCUUUCCCGUCAUCUGGAAUACGGUUUUCCGCUUGAGUCAGAGCUCGCAUCCUCGGAUUCCUAUGUUCUCCCAUCACAUUUCGGCCGAAUAUGAUACCCCCUAUAUUUCGUUCGUUUUUCUGUCCAUGGUCAGGAAGCUGUUCCUCUCACCGGGGCCGCCACCUUGCUCGAGUCGGUUUCCGCGAUAUAACCAACGGUUUCUCUUUGCAACGUUCACUUG